AUGUCCGACAGCACAAGAUCAAUCAAUCUGCAAGAAGAGAUCGAGCGAUCGUUGACUGAUGAGGAGCAAAAGUCUUCUUAUUCUGGAAAUCAACAUGUUGGGUCUGAAAAACGCAGUAUUGCUAAAGACAGACCAAAGAGAGUUGAUGUCAGGCCACCAACGAGAUAUCGAUUUGAAGAUAUGGUGGGUUAUGCACUACAGGUUGCAGAGGAAGUGGAUACUUACGAGCCAUCCACUUACAGAGAAGUUAUUUCGAGUUAUGCGUCUGAGAGAUGGUUUGCUGCAAUGGAAGCUGAAAUGGAAUCUUACGAGAAGAAUCACACAUGGAAUCUGGUUACAAUAUUACUUGGGAGAAAGGUUGUGACUUGCAAGUGGUAUAAGAGGUUGGAUAGCUAUAGGGUCAGUUUGGGCUACGACAUGAAUCCUUAUGACUGUUGUAUUUACAUGAGCAAGAUGGAGGAUGUUUCGCAUAUCUAUCCGGUGUUGUAUAUAGAUAUCAAGAUGAUAGUUGUCAAUAAAAUGUGUGAUGUUCAGAAGUUGAAAGAGCUACUGAAUUCUGAAUGUAAGACUUUCUGGUACCUCAAGGGUACAUCUGAGAUUGGUUUUGUCUAUAGAGACAAGACAAAGGGAAAUCGAUCGACACCAGCACUUAUGCAUCGAUCGAUACGACAGUUUCAGAGACGCAAGAUGAUUGGUCAAAAGAGGUCAAUCUGGUACCUUAAAGGUACAUCUGAUGUUGAUCUUGUCUAUGAAGACAAGGAUCUGAGCCUGGUUAUAGGCUAUUCUGAUUGGUAUUAUGCAGAAGAUGUGGACAGUAGGAGAUCUAUGAUUGGUUAUGUAUUUACUCUGGGUAGUUCUGUUGUGAGCUGGAAGGCGACUUUGCAGUCGACAGUGACUUUGUAUACUACUGAGGCAGAGUACAUGGCAUUGACAGAAGCUGCUAAGGAGGCGAUAUGGUUAAGAGGGCUGGUCAGUGAUCUUGGUCUUCAUCAUGAUCAGGCUAUUGUAUUCUGUGAUAGCUUGAGUGCUAUCUAUUUAGCCAAGGAUCAGGUUCAUCAUGAGAGAACCAAACAUAUUGAUGUAAGAUACCGUUUUCUGAGAGAAGAAAAGAGGAUUGAAGUGAAGAAGGUAGGAACACCUGAUAAUCCUGCAGAUAUGUUCACUAAGGUGGUUCCUCACAGCAAGUUCAAGCAUUGUCUUGAUUUGCUGAACAUCUCAAGCUGUUAA